AUGUGCGCCCUCGCAACCUUCGGCCGCCUGACGAUGGUCGAAGCGUGCACCCACGAGGACUCGAAUCUCGGGAAGGUGUGCGACGAGAAGGGCUACCACUACGAGCGGCUCGGCCUCUUCAACGAGAACGACCUCAGCAAGCCGCAGGGCUACCACAAGGCGAAGUUCCUGCUAGACGAGAAGCGCCCGGAGCUCUUCGUCAGUACACCACCCUGCGGUCCAUGGUCGAUAAUGCAGAACGUCAACCAGCGCAACGAUCAACAGAAGGAGAACCUUCGCAGGAAGCGGCUCAAGAGCCAGCGGAUCUUCGAGAACAACAAGAGGCUCAUCGAGCACCAGGUGCUCAACCUGAACGGCUCGGCCCUCGCCGAGCAGCCCCACAACAGUCGUUCGUGGCAGAAGACCUGCUGGAAGGAUCUCCACAAGAUCCUACCGUACGAGGUGAUCGUGGAUGGCUGCGCCUGCGGACUACGAGCCCCUGACACGGGCGAGCUCAUGAAGAAGCGCUGGAAGUUCUUGACGAAUGACAGGAGGAUCUGGGUAGCCCUACAACCUCUACAGUGCCGUGGAGGACACUACCACGAGGAGAUAGAGAGCAGCUUGAGGACCGAGGCCUCGGGCUCCUACCCCAAGAUGCUGUGCCGCCGGAUCCUCAGGGCUCUGACCAAGAGCCAGAACCAGAACUACUUCGAGGACGAGGUUGUGAACUGCCUCUGCAUGGCAGCUACCCAGCAGCCACCGACAGAGCCUACGCCAGAGGAGGACGAGCCGACUCUUCCACCACGAGACGGCAAGGAAGCGCACAACCUCACCAACGAGACGGUCAAGAAGCUCGAGAGCUACAUCAGAUUGGUGCUUUUUGACGCUUUCUCGUGGAUCCGUCGCAGCACGAACACGAACGUGAUGGCGCUGGCGAUACUCGACGCCGGCUCGGACAUCCUCUACGUGCGGCUGAUCGACGAGAAGCCGAUCCCGGGUACUACUCGACAAGUUCGUGCAGGCGACCUUCGGCAUAUCUUUGCUACAAAAUGGUUCCCCUGGAUGGGACGCCCGAAGGUCAUGCGCUACGACCCUGCCGGCAGCGCCAUCUCCGACGAGUUCCGCGAGUGGAUCGAGAGCCAGGGAGUCUACUGUCUCCCAUGCGCGGCCGACGCCCACUGGCAGAUCGGCAAGAUCGAGCGUGCCAUUGAAGCCUUCAAGGAGGCCCUCGACGCUUUCGACGAGAUGGUCUCAGCCGAAGUACCCACCAGCGAGAUGUUUGGACUCCAGACGGCGGCCAGGAACGACCUGAUCAGGAUCGACGGGUUCAGCCCGCUGCAGCGCUAUGCGGGACGGACGCCGACUGGGACGACAGUCAAUCUGUCGGACGAGCCGAACAACCUGCCGCUCAUCAGUGCCGAGCUGCAGGACGGUACCUUCAGCAGGGACGCCCAGGUACGACGAAUGGCGCGGCUGGCUCACAUCCAGACCGAGAACUCUGACCGAGUUAAGCGAGCGGAGGCCGCGCGCUUCAGAAGGGACAGCCUCGCUCAAUGCCUGGGCGAGGACGCUGGCACGGACCUGGACGAGUACUUUGUCGCGAGCCAGCGAGCUCGGGACACCGACCUGCCGGGGACCUGGACCUUCGGCGAUGUCCAGAAGCAGCUCGACACUAACGAGGUGAUCGACCUGUCGAACGAGUCCCCGCCCACUGGCGAGGAGACCCUCGUAGUCUUGACCCAGGAGGCGGCGGAGGGGGUGGAGCCUUGGCGGCGCCACCAGGACUGGAAGAGCGACCUCUACCUGGACCGCGACCUCCCAGACGUAUCAGCUGAGCAGCCCAUCGAGGAGGAGAUCGUCAUGGAAGCCCCUCCCGGCGACGACCAGGAGGAGCGCGCGUCGCAGCGGCCCAUCGUGGCGGAGACUGACGAUGACCUCGACGAUAUCUCAGCGCCCGACGUGAACGAUAAGCGCCGGAUCCGAGAGCCCGGCACCACCGAGCCCCCUGCUAAGAAGCAGCGGGUCAACGCUGCGACCCAGGAGGCCUUCUCCUACUACCUGCAGGAGGGUAACUUCUACAGCGACUAUGCCUACAGUGUCCAGCAGUACGACGAUAUGAAGGAGAACGAUGAACUCAUCGUGCUGGACAUCCCUGUCAGCAACGAGCAUGCGUUCAUGGCCUACAUGGACGAUCCCAGCAACUUCGUGGCAUCGCAGGCCCGCAAGGGCCGAGUGGAGGUCUCAUUUAAGAAGGCGACGCCUGAGGAGAAGAAGCUGCUACUCGAGGCCCAGCAGAAGGAGUGCACCUCAGUCCUCAGCACGAAGGCCGUCAGGAUCCUCAGCCGACAGGGGAUCGACCCGGCGCGCCUGCUGCGCUGCCGCUUCGUGCUGACCUGGAAGAAG